CCAAAGCAUCCUUUAUCUCUUCUGCUAUUUUCAGAAAACAAAAAAAAUUGAAAUAAAAUAAAAUUCCCAUUCCCACCAAUUAUAUAAGUUAAUCCUUCCAUGAAGAACCAAAGUGAUACAAAAACAAACAAACCAAAUAUCCCUACAAACAAGAAAAAAUGAAGAACAAACCAUCCUUUCUCUUCUUCUUCCUCUUCUUCUUCUCCUAUUUCCAUGCAAUUUCCUCCACCAAUCUAAUCCACCAAACCUGCAAAAGAUGCUCAAAAACUGAUCCAAACCUAAGCUACAACUUCUGCGUAGCGUCCCUCCAAUCCUCCCCAGAAAGCCGCGGCGCUUCAAAUCUUCGCCAACUGGGUUCAAUCUCAAUCAAGCUCAUCAAACGCAACGUCACCGGCACGAGGCACUUCAUCAAGGAGCUCCUCAUCAUCAAAAACAAGACGCUCACACCGUAUCAAAAAGCUUGCUUGAAGGACUGCAUGGAACUUUACAGCGACGCCGUUUCAACCAUUGAAGAAACCAUGGAAGCUUACAAGUCCAAGCACUAUGCGGAUGCCAACGUCGAGCUGAGCUCGGUGGUUGACGCCGCUACCAGUUGUGAAGAUGGGUUUGGGGAGAGAAAAGAUGUUGUUUCGCCAUUGACGAAGAGAAACAAGGAUGUGUUUCAGUUGUCUGCUAUUUCGCUUUCCAUUAUUAACAUGCUAAUAAAUUCAUUUGAGUUGAUUAAUUAGUUCAAUUUCGCAUUUGUUUGUUGGUUCCUUUAUUUAUUUAUUCACUCUUUGAGUGUGUUUAUUAAUUAGCCAUGUUAAUUGGCUCUCUAUUAUCUUUAUUUUUAUGCAAUGUAUUUUAAUUUAUUGUGUAGAGAAUUAUAUAUAUAUAUAUAUAUAUAUGAAAGUUCCUAGUAGUAGCAUAUUAAUAGUGA